UUGCCGCUCCGGCCGACACCGCUCUCCGCAGUCGCCGGCAGUCUCGCUAGAGCGACAGAGCGAUAGCUGCGCUUCGUUAUGGAUUCCAACUCAAAUUCAUUUGACAACAUGCCGCUGCCGAAGAUCGAAUUAGAAGCGGAACUUGACUCACCGACGCACAAGAAAGAGGUCCGUUACAAUUGGAAUACGGAGAGCACAAUGAAACUUAUAGAAACUAUGGAGAAGGAGUGCCAGGAAUUGUGGGACGUGAAACAUCCGGAGAAUAAAGACAGAGGCGCCCGGCAAGCUAAAAUGGAAUAUCUGGCGGGCCUUUUCGAUACGACUUUGGAGGAGAUAAGUCGUAAAAUACACAAUUUGAGGUCCCAGUUUAACAAUGAAGUGCGGAAGAUAAGAAAAAGGACGGGGGGUCUGGUGGCGGCGGGGAUAAGCAGCUGGGAAUAUUUCGACGCUCUGUCAUUUCUACUGCGCACACCCCCCGACCCCCUCGACGUACCCCUCGUCGCGCCCCUAAAGGGGGUCAACCUUGCGUUAGCGGAGUUCCAAGCGGAAGAAGAAGUGGCAUUUGGUAGGUCGUGCCGCAUGAGCCAGAGCCCUCGUAUCCUGAUGGUGCGCAACGUUUGCUCCUCCUCACCAAAUCCACUGCCUCCGAAGAUCUGGAACGAGGAGCCAGUCAUACUCGUCAAUCAGGAAACCCGCCCUGAUAACUGCCAGGUAUUCGGUGACUUCGUAGCCGCGCAGUUGAGGCAGCUGCCAUCACAAGAAGCACGCAAUAGACUAAUGCAGAAGAUACAGAAGGCUGUACUACAAGUUUCCGAAGAAGAGAGUGGGGUCUCCCGGGUAGAGAAUUGAAUGCUAGUUCUACUACUCUCAUUCUAUUUACUGCAUAAAAAACAGUUAAAAAACUAAAAAGUAUGUGAUUUAUGUAAAUAUUUAAUCUGUACUUUCUAAGAUAUUUUCAAUGUGCGUUUAU